GCAGUCGUCAGUCAGGGUGAAGGUCCUGUGUUACCCUCUCCCAUCCUGAGCCUGUAAAUAACUCACAGGAACAAAACCACAGUCUUCUCUCCGCAACCGGAACGUGUUGCCAUAGUGACCGGAGGGACUGACGGCAUUGGAUACUCGACCGCAAAGCACCUGGCGAAGCUGGGCAUGCACGUCAUCAUAGCCGGAAAUAAUGACAGCAAAGCCCAGGACGUCGUGAGGAGGAUAAAAGAGGACACGCUCAACGACCAAGUGGAGUUUCUGUAUUGCGACCUGGCGUCCAUGAGGUCUAUCCGGGAGUUCGUCCAGACAUUCAAAAUGAAGAAGCUGCCCCUCCACGUCCUGGUGAAUAACGCCGGCGUGAUGAUGGUGCCCCAGAGGACCACGGACGACGGCUUUGAGGAGCACUUCGGCAUCAACUAUCUGGGGCACUUCCUGCUCACCAACCUCCUCCUGGACACCCUGCAGGAGUCGGGCGCCCCUGGCCGCAGCGCCCGGGUGGUGACCGUGUCCUCGGCCACGCACUACGUGGGGGAGCUGAACCUGGACGACCUCCAGAGCGGUACCAGCUACUCGGCACACGCAGCCUAUGCCCAGAGCAAGCUGGCCCUGGUGCUGUUCACCUACCACCUGCAGGCGCUGCUGACCGCCCGGGGCGUCCCCGUGACCGCCAGCGUGGCCGACCCCGGCGUGGUGGACACCGACCUCUACAGACACGUCUUCUGGGGCACCCGGCUCGUCAAGAAGCUCCUGGGCUGGUGGCUUUUUAAGACCCCAGACGAGGGAGCCUGGACCUCCGUCUAUGCCGCAGUCACCCCAGCCCUGGAAGGUCUCGGUGGCCGCUAUCUCUACAACGAGAGGGAGACCCGGUCUCUUGAGGCCACGUACGACCCGGAGCUUCAGCGGCAGCUCUGGGCCAGAAGCUGCCAGUUAACAGGCAUCACCGAUGUGACCCGGGAGACCUUCGGCGAGUAGCGGGCUGCCGGGAAGACUGUGGUCCGACCCAGGGAACAUCACGGUUGGUGCCACACUUGCAGGUCUGAUUGUGCUGAACCACAUCUCUCCAUCACCUUCAUCCCCCCGAUGCUCCGGGUCCUGUCUCCCCCCAGGGUCUCUUGUCAUGACCCGGGAGACCUUCGGUGGGCAGCGGCCUGCCAGGAAGACCAUGGUCCAAUGGGGAACACCACGGUCUGUGCCGCCCUCACAGGUGUGUUUCAGCUGGACCACAUCUCUCCAUCACCCUCAUCUCCCCAACCCUCCGGGCCCUCUGUAUACCCGCCCCCAGGUCUCCCAUCAAGACCAGGGAGCUCACAGAAAAGAGGAACGCUGAGUGGACCCCUGAGCUGGUGUGGUUCUCAGCCAUGCAUCCUGUGAUCCCUGCUAAGUGUCCAGUUGUACUGGGUGCUCUGAGUCAUUAAAUCUUGCA